AUGUUAGGAUGUACUGAUAAAUAUUAUAAAUUCUAGGUUUUAGUAUUAGCUGUGGUGCCUAUUUACGCCACUGGCGAUGUGUUUGGAGACCUUUUGGGACAAGAAUUUCAACAGUUAACUGUUGACCACGUUCGCGAGAGAAGGCAGGCUCAAAAAUACAAUCCAUUGAGUCAAGCUCCGGCGCACAUACAACAGCUUCUGCAAGCACAGAAUGCUCGUCCGCCGCUGGUUCACCUUCCUCCACAGCCAAUCCCGAAGUUUGGACCACCUCAGCCAGCGCAACCAUCGCAAUACCAGCCACAAGUCUCGUACGGCUCGGGAGGCCAGCCACCGAAUUACAAGAAACCGAUUGCCCCCCAGCAGCCUCAAUACCGCCCCCUUCCCGCUAAUUACGCCCAGCAAGCUCAACAAAACUACAACGCGGCGCAACGGCAACCUUCCUCGAAGCUGCCGGCUCACAUUCAACAGCUACUGCAGUAUCAAAGCAAUUUGGGGAACGCCAUCCCUUAA